AUGCAGCCGUCGGCGCGCCAGCAGGAGCUCGAGCGACUGUACCAAUCCCGCAAGAACAGCAAGAAACACUCGCCCCAGCUGUCCAUCUCCGAUGACAGCCACCAUGUGACCGAGGCCAUUGGGAGUUGGUACGAGCAGCCCGACGCCCACGCCAUGCCUCCGCCCGACGUGCGCGAACAUCGCCCGCUUAGCUACAUCAACAGCCCCAGCGAGCGCGAGAGCUUCGAGGCCCGUCGCCAGCGCCGCCAUGGCACCCUCAUCGAUGCCGCCGGCAGUCGCAGCGGCGGCUCCAGUCCCACCACCGCCCGAACCCCCCUUUCACGCUCUCACAGCAACGACCGGGUCACGUCACCUACCGAAAGCAAUAGCAGCGCCCCUUCGCCGAAGUCACUACACAGGAUGAGCUCAUUGGGAAGUGAUACCGCCAACGGACAGCCAUCUCCUCCGACACUGAGCCGCCAGUCUUCCACCGAUACUGCAGUCCAGCAUUUCCCGCUCAAUGACAUCGACUAUGAGUCGAGUCCUGCCGCGGUGCAGCAGGAACUCAGUAACCUCCAGGCAAUCCGGCGCAUGUCGAUGAACAUUGAUGCAGCAGACCCCGACCUUCCCUCAUUCAGCAACAUACCAACUGUUGCCCCCAGCAAUUCUGACGAUGACGAAGACGAUCCUUCGAAGCUGUUCUGGGUGCCCGCACGACUGCAUCCGGAGCUGGCUCCUAAAGAGUUCAAAACAUUCAUAGAAGACAGGGUGGACAAGAUUCGAAGGAGAUCGGGCGAUAGUGACAGCCUUUCGCCAGAGGGUUUGGACAGAUCUAGCUCGACUAGCAGCAGCUUGCGGCGGAAGAAGAGCAUGCUUUCACACCAGAUCGACACCAAGGGUAAUUACCAGGAUGGCGCUGAAAGACUGGAGAGGAAGAAGUCGAAAGGAUUGUCCAUUGAUGGGUCUACAACUGUCGCGAACUUGGCCGAUUUGGAAGAACUGGUGAAUGAUCCGGCACAGCUGGUACGGCGUAUGAGUCUGGACCAGGCGAGGCGAUCGGUAGACUCUGGCAGCGACGCAAGCGAGGACGUGCCCAUUCUACCACCCGCAAAUACUUUGAAACGUUCGACCCGGACAACAUAUCGUCGAGGAAGUCUUAAGAAGGGCGAACGUGUGCCAUUCUCAAGGCGCGCCGCACAACGACAUGCCGACUCUGAGACAGACGAAUCGCCUGCUCAAUCGCCCGUGGCACAACCUCCUCCAGAAGAGCCAGUGAUUCUAGGAUUAACACGAGUGCAGACUGAACCCGUACCUCCUCCAAGUGAACCACGAGACCUUACGUCCAGGGCAGCUUCGAAACGUGCGAAUCGACUUGGCUCUUCACAAUCUUCAGAAGACCUUCCAACAGAUCACGAGAGGAGAGGCACGAAGUCGCCACCCCCACUCAAUGAAGAACCCCAGUAUCAGCAACAGCCAGAAGAACAACAUUACAACGAACGUCCGCUCUCUCAGCCGCCUUCACAGCAACCGAAGCAGUUUCAGUCUCGUAUUGCGUCUCCAGGUCGUACAACCGCACAGCUACCAGGUUAUACCAACACCAAUCCGUUACCGCAAAUUAUCGAAACCCUGCCCGAUGGAAGCAAAGUCCCAGUCAACAAUCUCAUCCAGCACAUACCUGAACGCAAAUCUUCUCAUGAGGUUCCCCGCCAAUUCCAGCGUGGAGGCGCACAUAUGCGCCCCGUUCCUGGUCGCGAAAAGGCUUCGUCUUCGUCGUUGGACGAUAUCUCAUCGCAUCCUUCACCUUUACCGGGCAGCGGAAGCACAAGGACGGAUGCGCUUACGAUGGUUCCAACGUUCGAUGAGAAGAAGUCGGAUAAGAAAGAUGCGCCUCGCAAAAGCAGCUGGAAGUGGAUUCUUGGGAACGAUGAUGAUAAGGACAAGAAAUCGAAAGACGAUGGUGGAUCUGACUCAAAAUCGGCAAAGGGGAAGCUGUCGAAAGCCUCUGCAGACAAGGCCAGGUUAGAUGUGCUCCAGAACUCCAUCGAUGGUACUGUCCCUGCACGUGGAAGGGAAAGUCUGGUCCUCAAUCGAGAGGACAUCAAGUUGGAAGAAGAGCGCAAGAAGGAGGGCAAGAAGUCGGAUUCGAAGAAAGAGAAGGAGAAAGAUUCGGGCCUGUUAUCUGCCCUGUUCGGCGGCAAGAAGAAAUCUUCAGAUGGCGAUCUCAAGGAGAAGAAGAAGAAAGCCGAUCGAAACCUUUCGCCGGAGCCAGCACCACGAAUACUCAAACCAGACAUCGACUACAACUGGACACGCUUCAGCAUACUCGAAGAACGAGCCAUCUAUCGGAUGGCGCAUAUCAAGCUCGCCAACCCUCGACGAGCAUUGUACAGCCAGGUUCUAUUAUCAAACUUUAUGUAUUCUUACCUCGCCAAGGUGCAGAUGAUGCACCCGCAAAUGCAGAUUCCCUCGUCUCAGCGAGCCGCUCAGCAGAAGAGAGAAAAGGAGCAAGAGCAGCAGCCACCUGAGUAUAACCAGUAUCAGCGAUGGCAGGAGCAACAAGCACGCGAAGAAGCUGCCCAGAGCGGUCAAAGCUCCUCCAGCCGGACAAGCUUCGACAUGAUCCAUGGUGGCCAGCGCAGUAGUCUUGACGUUGGCGAAUCAUCAUCGCACGGUUACGACCGACGAAGCAGCGAAGAAUACGGCAGACAACAAUAUUCCUACUCGUCUCAGAACGGGUCGGGACACGCUCGAUCGAACGGCAACGGCUACUCUGGCGGCAGCUCAGGUGGAGGAGGCUCUGGAUAUAGCGUUGCCAGCACGCACGAAUACCUGGGGUAUUCGAACAACCAACAGAGCAUGUGGGACGACGAGGAGCGAGCCGAAGAGCUGUGGUGA